CCCAGGAGGUGAAGCUUCGCUUCCUGGAACAACUGAGCAUCCUUCAGACUCGGCAGCAGAGGGAGGCAGAUCUGUUGGAGGACAUCAGACCUGUUGGCAGGUGGCAGGCACUGUACCCAGACCUCCACCCAUGCUCAGCUCCAAGCCCGUAAAUGGCCCUUCCACGGUAGGGAGGAUCCUGCUGGGCCUCUGAGUGAUGAGAUCCUACAGCAAGCAGAGGGCAGCCAUUGAACGAGAGUAUGGGCAGGCACUCCAGAAACUGGCUGGGCCAUUCCUGAAACGGGAAGGGCACCGGAGUGGGGACACAGACAGCAGGACAGUGUUUGGUGCCUGGCGCUGCCUGCUCGAUGCUACCGUGGCUGGGGGCCAAACCCGGCUCCAGGCGUCCGACCGAUACCGUGACCUAGCGGGGGGCACAGGGCGGAGUGCCAAGGAGCAGGUGCUUAGGAAGGGGACAGAGACCCUUCAGAGGGCACAGGCUGAGGUGCUGCAGUCUGUCCGGGAGCUGAGCCGUAGUCGGAAGCUGUAUGGGCAGCGGGAGCGUGUGUGGGCCUUGGCCCAGGAGAAGGCGGCUGAUGUCCAGGCCAGGCUGAACCGGAGUGACCAUGGCAUCUUUCACUCCCGGACCAGUCUCCAGAAACUCAGCACCAAGCUGUCUGCGCAGUCAGCCCAGUACUCCCAGCAGCUGAGAGCGGCCCGCAAUGACUACCUGCUCAAUUUGGUGGCAACCAAUGCCCACCUUGACCAUUAUUACCAGGAGGAACUGCCAGCCCUGCUCAAGGCCCUGGUCAGCGAGCUGUCAGAACACUUGCGGGACCCCUUGAUGUCACUGAGCCGUACAGAGCUGGAAGCUGCAGAGAUGGUCGUGGAGCAAGCCCGCCAUGGGGGGCAGGCAACUGCCCAGGUAAACUGGGAGCAGGAUCUCAAGGUGUUUCUUCAGGAACCUGGAGUGUUCUCUGCCACCCCCGCCCAGCAGUUUCAGCCAGCAGGCACUGAUCAGGUGUGUGUCCUGGAGAGGGAAGGAGGAGAAAUGGCUGGGGAGAGUGGCCUGGAGAAGGAGAUACAGCGCUGGACGAGCAGAGCUGCCCGUGAUUAUAAGCUCCAGAACCAUGGGCAUCGGGUGCUGCAGAGACUGGAGCAGAGGCGGCAGCAGGCUUCUGAGAGGGAGGUGCCCAGCAUAGAACAGCGGCUACAGGAAGUGAGGGAAAACAUCCGGAGGGCACAGGUGAGCCAGGUGAAAGGUGCUGCCCGGCUGGCCCUCCUGCAAGGAGCUGGCCUGGAUGUGCAGUGCUGGCUGAAGCCUGCCAUGACCCAGGCACAGGAAGAGGUGGAGCAGGAGCGACGGCUCAGUGAGGCUCGGCUCUCCCAGAGGGACCUGUCCCCCACGGCAGAAGAUGCUGAACUUUCGGAUUUUGAUGAAUGCGAAGAGACAGGGGAGCUCUUUGAGGAGCCUGUCCCGCCAGUCCUGACCUCUAGGCCACUCCCCUGCCCUGCCCAUGUGGUCUUUGGCUAUCAGGCAGGGCGUGAGGAUGAGCUGACCAUCACGGAGGGUGAGUGGCUGGAGGUCAUAGAGGAGGGAGAUGCUGACGAAUGGGUCAAGGCCCGGAACCAGCAUGGCGAGGUGGGCUUUGUUCCCGAGCGGUAUCUCAACUUCCCAGACCUUUCCCUCCCUGAGAGUGGCAGUGACAGCAAUAAUCCCUCACGGGCAGAGCCCACAGCGUUUCUGGCCUGUGCUCUGUAUAGCUACACAGGGCAGAGCGCAGAGGAGCUAAGCUUCCCUGAAGGGGCCAUCAUCCGCCUGCUGCCCCGGGCCCAGGAUGGAGUGGAUGACGGCUUCUGGAGGGGAGAAUUUGGGGGCCAUGUUGGUGUCUUCCCCUCCCUCCUGGUGGAGGAGCUGCUUGGCCCCCCAGGACCAUCUGAACUCUCUGAACCCGAGCAGGCCCUGCCAUCACCUUCUCCUCCCAGCUUCUCUCCUCCGCCCCCUGCCUCAGCCUUGGAUGGCCCCACUGCACCCAUCCUGCCUGCAUCCCUAGAAUGCCCUGGACCACUGGACAUGACAGUGCCCCGACUCAGGCCGAUGCGUCCACCACCUCCCCCACCGGCUAAAGCCCCAGAUCCUGGCCAUCCAGAUCCCCUCACCUGAAGGCCAGGGGAAUCGCUGUACAAUGACGCUGCUGCCCCUGUCUCCACGCUGUCAGAGACCCACUCCCUGUACAAUCCGGAACAACACAGCCCGAAGUUGGAAUCCCCUCACAUCUACUCUCACCUCUGGGGUAGCCACAGUUCCUUUCUCCAAUUGUGGGACAGAACCGCAGCUUCCCCCCAGUUGUCCUCCAGCCUUUCUGCCCAUGUGCCAGCUUGUCUUAAGUGGUGAAAUACCCUAAGCCCUCUGAGGUUGGAGUCCAUUCCCCCAAAGUCUGGACUGACUGUGGCCCAUUUGUUUCCACCCUGGCUGUGA